AUGACGACAACUGUGAGAUAUGAACAAGGGUCAGAGCUGCCGGAAGUUGAUGGCUUUCAAAAGACGGGGGAGGGCAGCAUAAAGAUUGAUGAUGGCUGCAUUGAGGAUAAUGAACCAGACACUUGCUCCCGUACUGUUAAAAAAAAGAUUUCUCCAUUUGUGAUGUCAUUUGGAUUCAGAAUAUUUGGUAUUGUACUCAUCUUUGUGGACAUUACUCUUGUGAUUGUGGACCUAGCUAUUCGUGACAAGGAAAAGAGCAUAAGAGAGACCCUGGAAGGCGUUUCCUUGGCAAUAGCGCUCUUCUUUCUCGUGGAUGUUCUCCUGCGAGUGUUUGUUGAGGGCUUCAGCAAUUAUUUCAAGUCCAAACUGAACAUUUUAGAUGCGGUGAUUGUCGUGGGCACCCUGUUAAUUAAUAUGGUAUAUUCUUUCUCUGACUUCAGUGGUGCAGACAAGAUCCCAAGAAUGGUUAUCGUCCUUCGAGCUUUGAGAAUUAUCAUUCUGAUAAGAAUAUUUCGCCUGGCCUCGCAAAAGAAACAACUAGAAAAGGUGACCAGGAGGAUGGUCUCGGAAAACAAAAGGCGCUAUACAAAAGAUGGCUUUGACCUGGACCUUACUUAUGUUACUGAUCGUAUUAUUGCAAUGUCAUUUCCAUCAUCCGGGAAGCAGUCUUUCUAUAGGAAUCCUAUAAAGGAAGUUGCAAGAUUCUUGGAUACAAAACAUAAAGACCACUAUACAAUCUAUAACCUUUGCAGUGAAAAAGGUUAUGACCCUGUGUACUUCCAUUACAGGGUGGAGAGAGUCUUUAUUGAUGACCACAAUGUCCCCAGCCUAAAGGACAUGCUGAAAUUUACUGCCAAUGUGCGUGAGUGGAUGAAAAAGGAUGAAAAGAACAUCAUAGCAAUUCACUGUAAAGGAGGCAAGGGCAGGACUGGAACAAUGGUUUGUACUUGGCUCAUUGACAGUGACCAGUUUGAGAGUGCAAAGGAGAGCUUGGACUAUUUUGGGGAGAGGAGAACUGAUAAAAGUACAAGUUCCAAAUUUCAAGGAGUUGAAACACCAUCCCAGAGUAGGUAUGUUGGGUAUUAUGAGAUCCUGAAGAACAAGUAUAACUUGAAACUCCCACCAGAGAGACAACUCAAAAUAAAGAACAUCAAAAUCUACUCUAUUAAUGGAGUUGGAAAAGGCAAUGGAAGUGAUCUUAAAGUUCAGAUAAUUGUGAAAAAGAAAGUUGUAUUCCAUUGUGUUUGUGCCACUCAAGAAAACUGUAGGUUAUUUUUUGAUGCUGAAAAUGACUUUGCAGUAAUUGGCUUGGAAGACUGUCCUGUUAUAAGCGGUGAUGUGAAAGUCCGAUUUGAAUCACGAACUGAUCUUCCAAAAGGCUAUGACGACUGCCCGUUCUUCUUCUGGUUCAACACCUCUUUUAUAGAAAAUAACAGGCUUUACCUUCCUAGAAAUGAGUUGGAUAACCCUCAUAAAUCCAAAAUGUGGAAAAUCUACAGGGAGACGUUUGCUGUGGAGUUGAACUUUGUAGAACCAUAA